GUCCUGCUCAAGGCCAUGAUUGAGGAGGUCCGGAACAGCGCAGACGAGGAGUCAUCUGCCAUCAACGGCCUCUUCAGCAGCAUGCAGGAAAAACUGGCCGAAAGGAAGAAGACUCUCCUGAAAGCUGUGCAGAGCCAAUACGAAGAGAAGGAAAAAGCUUUUAAGGAGCAGCUCUCUCACCUGGCUUGUAUCCUGCCAACCCUCCAGGUGCACCUGGUGACCUGUUCUGCAUUUCUCAGUUCGGCCAACAAAGCCGAAUUCCUGGAUUUGGGCUACCAACUGAUGGAGCGCUUGCAAAGGAUCGUCAAACAGCCCCAUCGGUUGAGGCCCUCGCAAACCAGCAAGAUCAACAGCGAAUAUCGGGCUGAGUUCGCCCACUGCCUGGAGGCCCUGCUGCCCUUGUCCCCACGCCGGUCAGUGGUGGGCGCCACAGGAGCCAUCGGUCCCGGCCUGAGCAACAGCAACAUGAUGUCCGGGGGUCCCGGCUCCAAGACCCUCUUAGUGGCCGGCUGUUCGGCGUCGCAUGAAAAAAUCCCCCUGGACGGAUCGCUGGUGAGGAAGGCGACGAUGCACCGAUACAUCAGCACAAAAGUCCUCUUAGCCGAAGGGAGGGAGACGCCGUUUACCGACCACUGCCGGGACUAUGAGAAUAUGUAUCGGGCGCUCCAGACCGAGAUCCAGAGCUUGAAGGACCAAGUGCAGGAACUCCACCGCGACUUGACCAAGCACCACUCCCUCAUCAAGGCGGAGGACAUGGGCGAAAUCCUGCAGAAAUCCCUCCAGGUGGACGUCCACAUCGCCUCCGAAUUCUCGGCGGUGGAAAUGAGGCGGACGGAGUUUGAAGAGACCUGGGAGGAAACCUACCAGCGGGUGGCCAACGAGCAAGAGAUUUACGAAGCCCAGCUCCACGACCUGCUGCAGCUGAGGCAGGAGAACACCUACCUCAUGGCCAUCGCUAAGCAGAUCGGCCCUUACGUCCGAUCCAUCGCCCGGGUCAAGGAACGGCUGGAGCCCAGGUUCCAGGAGUGGAGAGAGAAAACCGGGGAUCAGCCGGAGAGCCUGCUCAAAAUCUACGAAGACGGACCCCUCCCAGCCGAGUCUCAGCCCAGUCCCGGCACAGAAGCCCAGGCGCUUGGCUCUCCCACCACGGACCUGCAGCUGAAAAGCACCGAGGUCUUCAAAAACAAGACGAAAAUGAGGGCAGAGACCCUCUCGGACCCCACAGGAGCCCCAGAAAGUCUAACCAAGGAAGGAGACCAGGAACCCCACCUCCUUCGGCAUUGAGGGUGCCACAUUUUCCUUUUG